GUUGAAACGGUGAAGAAUGCGGAGGCUAAGCUUUUUCGAGCUUGGCUCCUUCUUUGCAUCCCGCCUCCUCUUGGCGUGGCUUGGCAUGGCGGAGAUGUCCUCCUAUCCAACCCCCAGACUCAAUAUAAAAGCCACUGGCCAGGUCCCCUACCAUCUAUCAAUUAGGCUCGCUGUCCCUCUCAUCUCUCCCAGCUCGAGCACAACCAUGUCCGCAGCCCUCUUCCUCGGCCUCCUGGGCCUCACUGCCCCCCUGGCCGCCGCAACCAGCCAGACCCCCGGCCUGGAACUCGCCUACUCCCUCGAACGCGCCACCCAAGGCAUCAGCAUCUCCUCUGAUGGCCGCAAAUUUCUCUCCCAGCGCUACUCCACCACCCUCCCCCCACAAGCCGUCGAGCUCCUCGCCGACAACACCACCGUCCUCUACCCCAACGCAGCUUGGAACUCGUACAACUCUAGCGACCCGACCUCGGACCCUAGCAAGACCUUCGUCAGCAUUGACGGCGCUCGCAUCGGCCCCGACGGCCGCUACUGGCUAGUAGACGGUGGCUCCACGGGUGUGAACGGCUCCACGAAGCUCGUCGGCGUGAACCUCACCACCAACGCCGUCGACAAACUCUACUACCUCGAUUCCAUCAAAGCCUCGACCAGCGGCAUCGACGACGUCCGCUUCAAUGCCGCUGGCGACGUCGCCUACCUCAGUGACACCGCCGGCGCCCUACUCGUCAUGAACAUGACCACCGGCACCGGCGUGCGCGUUCUCUCCAACGACUCCUCCGCCCAAGCUUACUUCCCCAUGAUGUACAACGGCACUUUGGUCCCCGGGUACGGCGCAGCCGGAAGCACCCUCUCCGUUGGUCUCGACCAAAUCGAAGUCUCCCCUGACGGAGUCUACCUCUACUACCAGCCCUGCAAUGGCGGCCUGUACCGUAUUGAAACGGCCUACGUUGACGCUACCCUCACCAACGCUACUCUGGCGGCUACAUUGGGCGACUACGCGGAACCGUUCGCAUUGACCCCCAGUACUGGUGGAACUACUAUCGACGGAGCGGGGAACAUCUACGUUAGUGAUACGAAUCUCCUGGCUAUUUGGAAGGUUACGCCCGAGGGUCGCGCGACGAUUCUCAUCCAGGAUGAGGUGCUGCUGUGGACGGAUCUGAUGUGGGUGACGGCUGAUAAGAAGUUGUGGCUGCCGGCGUCGCAGAUGAGACCUGGUGGUGAUGGAUUGAUGGCCGAUGGACCGAACUAUAUUUUUACGUACCCGAUUGAGGCGGGGCCGUCGCCGAUUGAUCAUGCUUGAGUCUGUGGUGUGCGUUAUGUGGGAUAGUGGUUGUAUGUUGGAUGGUGUAUCUACAAUAUCUUCUUUGGUUUUGAGAUGUACACUAGCUAGUUGAUGUAUAUUAGUCCAACUCCAUAGGAAUAUCCUCAAAAUUCGAU